AGGGGAGCUUCAGCGGAAGCGAAAGUCCGAAAAGGAUGUUGAGUCGCCCGAAGGUGAAGUGGCAUCUUCGGAGGAAUAUGAAAUUGAAGAGGAGGCCUUGAACAGGACAAAGUUUGGCAGGUUUCGGACGACUUUGGGUCAAAAGGCCACAGCCCGAGAUGCCCCUGAGGGCCCCGAUCUCCUGCCUAUCUCGUUAGAUGCCCUAGAGCUACGCCGGGACAUUCAGUCGGAAGUUCGGGCGUGUGUCAUAUUGAUGGCUUGGGCAUUGAACUUCUUGUACUGCACAGGCUGGGAGCAACCACGCCACAUGGAUCAUCCCGGGAAGCUGACUACGGCGCAAACCAAGAUGGUUGAUCAGCACUUGGUGCCCGCGGUGAGGCGCAUGUGCCCGAAGGGAUUGAAGAUCCCAUCUUAUCAGAAACUAAAGGAGCAGCUGCAGAAGAAAG